AUGUUUGAAAAACACAGCGGUCUUGCGGAAGUGAAUGGGCAGCGCUUACCUGACGGCCCCGGCGUCGGUGGCUGCGCCUCCUCCACUUCUCUAACCACAAUGAGCCACACUGUUUCAGCCAGUUUCAAAACUGACUGUCCCUCGCAGGCCUUUCCUACUGCGGAGGCCGAGCAGACCUGGAGCCACUAUGGGUUUGCAUGUGCACGAACACCUGCAGUUAGCUCCCUAGCAAGCAUCCAGAGUCAGUUCUUGGCAGCACUGGAGUCACUGAAGGCGUUCUGGGAUGUGAUGGAUGAAAUCGACCAGAAGACCUGGGUACUGGAGCCAGAGAAGCCUACCCGGAGUGCUACCACGCGCAGGAUUGCACUAGGGAACAAUGCCUCCAUAAAUGUAGAGGUAGACCCCAGGCACCCCACCAUGCUUCCUGAGCUGUGUUUUCUGGGAGCUGACCACGGUGAGAUCCAUCUGAAGGAUCCAGAAAAUAGUCUGUUACAAAAUUUGAAAGACGUUUUAGAAAUUGAUUUUCCAGCUCGUACCAUCCUGGAAAAAUAUGACUUUAAUAUGGACUGUGGAAUCUGUUAUGCCUAUCAGCUUGAUGGCUCCACGCCUGAUCAAGUGUGCAACAAUUCCCUCUGUGCACAGCCUUUCCAUCAAAUAUGCUUAUAUGAGCCAAUUACCUUGAAAAUGUCUGGAAGAAAAGCUUGAAGAACUGAAUACAAGGAAGAGCUAGAAACAUUAAAAAUUGUCCAAG